CUUGGGUUUAGAUAUACCCCUUGGUCAAACUUGGGUCACUAGUUUGGGGUGAUGAGCUGUUCCAAGACGUUCUUAGCGGGGUGAUGUACGAGUUUAUGCGUAUAGAGCACAACAGUGCCAAUGGAGGCUGAACACAUCGUGAAAAGAUACCUGGGGAAAACGGCUAAGAAAAACUGGAAACACAUACUGCUGAGCAUAGAGGGUGUCUCCUCUGGAAUCAAGCCAAGUUUCCUGUACGACUAUUCCUGUCUGGAACCCAGUCAGCUGUCUAAGAUGACAGCUGACUUGGCUGCAUCAGGAUUCCUUGCCAAGGAGAAUUUACAGGUGCUUGGCCUUGGUCAGGAUGCAUUCCUCACCAACAUCUCGUGUGUCAAGGAUACGGUGGAUGAGAUUUACAAGGCUCUUGAAAAAGGCAGACAGGUUGUUGUGGAUGUUUCAGCCCAUCUUGAGCAGCCCAAAUUACUGGAGGAUGAAACUGUCCAACGAAUCAAGGACCAAGUGGGAGAUGUCUUAGCACAGCUUCAAGAUCCCCAGAACAACUCGCAAGCUGUCCUGGAGUUGCACCCACAACAAGGCUGGAAUCUCUCAACAGUGUUCGGAGUGCUGCUUGGGUAUCCGGUGGUGUACUGGUACAGCGAUGUUGAAAACUGCUCCAACUGUCUCUCCAUGAUUCCACUCAGGGUUUACAGAGUGUCGAUUGAGUCUGACAAACCAAACAGUUCAUCAAGUGCAAAAUAUGAGUUUCCUAAUCGGCAUCAAACAGCUUUUAAACCAGGCCGUGUAGACGACACGGUGCAUGAACACCAUAUUUACAGCUUCAGUGUCCCGGGGGCACUCUUACCACGCUUCCAAGAUCGCAUUGAUGAUUGGUUCCAAACAGUACAAGAAAGGACGCACAUCAAACUGAGGAUAACAUGUGAAUCAGUGACUUUGCCCGCUGUUGCAUUAUGAUAAAGUGAUGACGUUUAUGUGUACAUGUAUGUGCAUAUAGUUGUAUUUUGAAUAAUGGAAUUAAACCAAUUCCUGUAGCAAUUUUUCUAGGAACCUUUGUGAAUCCUCCAAAAUUCUAUUUUGUACUUUAAGAAAAAAACACUGGAUCAUCCAGACCUACUCUGAAGAGGAAAACGUAGCUGAGCUAUACAGUCUUGAAUUAAAUCACUGAACAAUAAUAUGGUAAAUAAAACUUAAUAUGCUCAAUAUAUAUUUUUCAAACUAUUGCAGCAGGUUUUUUUAUUGAAUCAUUUUGAGUUUUGGGUUUGACAUAUCCUGCAUCUUACUUUCAUCAUCCGUUGACAUCCAAGAUAAGAGGGACAAAUUAGACACAAAGUCUGCUCUGAUAAAACUUCAAUUUUAAACUGUCACCUGCAGUAAGAAUGCACCUUUUUUUAUCAAAUAGAUACAUGUAGUUUUUCUGACAGACAUAUCUGGAAAACUAGAAAGGCAAGUGAUAAUUGUACAGUACACUCACUUCAGAAAAUUUGUCAUGUGGCAGUAGCUUUGCCAAAUAAAUGGCAUGAUACUUUCGCCAGAUUUUGCUAUACUUGGCAGUAAAUCUCAGGUGUUUGACUGUUAUUUCACCCAGUACAUUCCUUCCUGUUGAAGUACAAACCCCUUUCCCAUUUGAAGAGCUAAAUUAGAAUUCAAAUUCGAGAAAGUAUUAACGUAAUUUACCAAAGCAAUGUCUGCAGCUUGUGUUACUACAUCAUCAUACUCAGGCAUGCAACUGGGGAAUCACAAAAAAAAGAGGAAAUUCAAAUUUUCCCAGACUUUGUACAGUGUUGUUCUAUUUUCAAUGGCACACAUGGGGAGUAGAAAAAGAGGAAAUCAGCUGAUCCGAGGAAAAGUUGCAUGCCUGUAUACUUCAGACUCAAAAACGAUACAAUAAUGCCACUCCUGUUAACUUCAGAUUGCUUUAAAAAAUUUAUUGCAAAAUGAAUGUCAUAAAUAUUUAAGUUAAAACAAAUAUUUUAUAAAUUUCUUAAGUUUUUAAGCUGUACAUGUAUUAUGUUUACUGUACGUAUAACAGUGUGUAUAACUGUAUUUGCUCAAGCUUAACGGUUCCCUACAAGAUAUAGACUUUUUGCAUUAAGGUGAAGUUAAGAGGGCAAUAAUAUUGUUUCACUUGGAUAGGUGUGAUUAAACCUUUUGUGCUUUCGUUGUUACUAAAUUAAAAUAACAAAGGACGCCCUCUGAGAGACCUGCAAAGGCUGCAACGCAUAAGGUCUAUUCUGUAAAUUCUUAGAAUGUAGCUGAAGCACAGAGCCAAGCAAACAUGUGUCCAACACUGUUUCUGAAAUGAUGCAAAAUAGUUACUUUACCCAAUGUGAUCAGCAUACAUGUUGAUUCUUGUGUUACAUGUACUCAGAAUAAUGGAAUAAAUUAUUCUACAAAAGGAACUUUACAAAAACAACUUUGUCAACAAUUUUGUUUUUAUAACUGUUUUUACUGUAGCAAAUAUAAAGAACACAUAUACAACUAGUACACAAACCGAAUGUAUAAGAACAAAAUUCAACUACCCCAUCCCAAAAAGCAUUGAAAAGGAAGUUUCAUAAAAUCUGCAAAAAGUGAUAGCCUGUUUAUAUUUUGGAAUCAUUUCAGAUUCAAAAUGAGGGAUUUUGGGAUCUGAAUAAGCCCUUCACACACUGAUAUGCUGAGAGUAUAGGGUUGAUCCCCUUUUUUAGGGAGGGGGGUGUUGAUGGUUCAGAAAUUGUAAGCAUUACUUCAUCCUCAAUUAAACCCACGUGAAUCCACGAGAAACAAAUUAAUAGGCACUACAACAAAUUAUGAUCGGAAUAGAACACAGGUCAAGUUACUGUGAAUCUAUUUGGAUCUGAUGAAAAGUUUGACAACACUUUUGUACGUAAAAUAUACAAAGAAGUACCUUUGGAAAAAAUGACUUGAAAAACUUGAAAAUAUAUUU